AUGGCACGGCGGAGGACAGAGUGGGACUGUGAGUCUACCAUCGAUCUUGUUCUGGCCUCGCAAAACUUGACGGACUCGAUGGCUAAGUGCGCAAUUCUGGAGGAUGACCACGGCUCGGACCAUGGCGCCAUUGAGACUGUGUUUGAUGCCCCGUGGCCGAGCCCAAAGUAUCAGGAACGGCUUCUACUGAAGAACGCGCCAUGGAAAGAGAUUGAUGCUAGAAUCGCGAGCACCCUCGCUGCCACUCCACCGGAAGGCAUAGUGUAG